UUAAACAGAGCCUGCGCCAUCCCUACUCUGUAUUUUUCGACAGUAUAAUGUUUAUUUGGUCAUUGCAUUGGAUUGAGAGCCUUAUUGAUCUUCUGUGAGAAAGAAAGAUACUGUUUUGCUCAGAUCUGCUACCCAUUUUGUUUUGUCUGCAGUCACCAUGGCACGUGGAACGCUUUUUUUCUGCCCUGCAUUGAUUAUCUUCUGGGCUGCUUCUGCUGUCUGUUCACCAGUUUUUUACAGCAGUCCGAAGGCACACAUGCUCCUGCGUAGCCGAAGGGCCAAUUCCAUUCUGGAGGAACUCAAGUCUCCAUCACUGGAGCGAGAAUGUAUGGAAGAGCGGUGUGACUUCGAGGAGGCCAAAGAGAUCUAUCGGACCAGAGAGGCAACGUUAAGGUUCUGGAGCGUUUAUGCAGAUAGCACACACACGAACUGCUCACUGGACAACGGAGACUGCGAUCACAACUGCCACGAGAGGAAAGACAACACAGGACGCUACUGCAGCUGUAUUAAUGGAUACACGCUCAAUGAGGACUUCAAAAAGUGUGAUCCGAAAAAUCAGCAAUCUUGCGGACAGAUUUUGAUCGCUAAGUCGUCCUACAGAACGAAGCCCAUUGAAGGUCUUCAGCCUUGGCUUGUUGGCGGUGAAGUUGGCAAAAGAGGAGAAAGUCCUUGGCAGGCUCUAAUCUUGAAUGCCAAAGGAAAAUUUCACUGCGGAGGCGUCUUGAUUGAUGAUCUCUGGGUUCUUACUGCUGCUCAUUGUCUGGAAGGAUUCAGCCGCUUCGGUGUCAGACUCGGUGACUACAAACGUUUUGAGUUUGAAGGAUCUGAGGUCACCCUUGCUGUGGUUCAAAGCGUCGCCCACCCAAAUUACAACAGCCAGAAGGCAGACAACGAUAUAGCCAUGCUGCGUUUGGCGUCGCCCGUAACGUUCAGCAAGUACAUCGUCCCUGCAUGUCUGCCGAGCAAAGACCUGGCGGACCGUGUGCUUCACCUCAACGGCACCAUGACGGUGGUGACAGGCUGGGGCACGGAUAAACAAGGGACAAAUCCGCACAGCUCUGAUCUCAAACACAUCAACGUACCACUGGUGGAGCACUCAGAGUGUAGACGGCACAUGAGCAACAACCUGACGGAGAACGUGCUGUGCGCCGGCAGCAUCGGAAGCAUCAAGGAUGCGUGCAGUGGCGACAGCGGCGGCCCCAUGAUGACGCUCUACCGAAACACGUGGUUCCUCAUUGGCCUCGUAUCCUGGGGCGAGGGCUGUGGCCACACAGACAAACUGGGCAUCUACACCAAAGUCUCCAAUUAUUUUGAUUGGAUUGAUAGCGUGAAAAAGCAGCCUUGAUCGAAUCCUGUUUUGUCGAUCAUUCAAGAAUUAUUUUGGCUAAUUAUUUUUUGAAGAGAUACUCUAAAAGCUAAUUACUUAUUAUGCUAAUUACUGACUGUACCCAGUCAUGCAGUGCCUCAUUGCAUGCAUUAAUAAAGACCUAAUUAUUAAUCAA